UUAUUUCAAAGAGCCAUCUCCAGCGGGAAAAGUGGAGAGGGCUGCUGGAGAUGGGGAGUGCCACGGGCGCUUACGGAAUUAACAAAAUAAUAAAAGGGAAUGCAACUCGAAAAUGUUUUAUUAUUAAUUAAUGGAUUCUUGCAUCCCUGUUAGCUAGCCGUUGUGGAUAGUUAUUUAGAUUUGCCUCUAUGUAUCGCUUCACUUUCCGGCGGGGCGGAUGGCUGAGCUUUAGGCCGGCGGUCGAUGGAACGGAGAUAGAUGGGCGUUUUCGUUAAGUUUUAGGAUGUAACUCGGCGACAGCAGGCACAGCGUGCGGCUAAAUUAGCACUAACGUUAGCUUACAUCGGCUAGGUGGAGGCAGGAAGGUGGCUAACCGAGCGCAGCUGGCUGCCUGCUCCGCAAAGGAGCCCCCUUAUCCAUAGCCAGGCGUUUCGGCGUGGAGCCGAAAUGUGGUGCCGACCCCCUUUCAAAACAUUUUAAUCAGUGCACCGUUUUAGUAACCGAUUAAUAUUAGACACUGAUGCAUUUUUCUCGCUAAAUUGGUAGCUGCCUGGCGAUAUAUUAGCCAUGUGGCUAAGCUAAUUUCAAAAAUACACAGGCAUAGAACUGUCAUUUACUGUUAAUCUUAUGAAUUGCUUGGUGCUUAUUUGUUUAAUUUUAAACUAAUGGCGUAGCACAUAAUGUAUACAUAUUAGUUUAAUCUUUUCAACAUCGUAAUGUUAAGCAUUCGGUUUUAAAGCGGAUACAUAUAAUCGUCAAUCUUAAAACCAAGGGCACCGUUAAAGCGUUUUAUUCGUAGACCCGUACAGUAUAUCAGGUGUCUAGAUAGUUUAGUGAUUUACAUUUAAUUUUUCCUGUUUAAAUCCCGGAAUACAUAGUUGAUAGGAUAAAAUCGGUUGAAAAAUUACUAUGAACUUACUUGAAAUUCAUAUUGUUCAAAUCAGGUACUAGAACCUGACGUUUUCAAAACAGCAAAACGCGGGCAUUUUGUUAUGUUAAACUAGUUUAUUUUACAGCGACACUUUCAGUGUUUUUAUUUAGGUGUAUCCAGUACAGUGAAGACUGGGCUAAUAGCGUUUUCUGUAUACCAUAUGUUAUUACUUUUUAACAAGACUAUAUUUGAGUAGCUAAAAAUUACCAUGGCACAAAAAUAACACAAUCCUUGCCUAAAUACAAUGCCCCCCUUUUUUUGACAGGGCGUGCAGGUGGCUUUGUCUUUAUAUGGUCUCCAACGUCAUAAAAUGAUUUCCCCCUUGCAUAUCUUUGAGAUCCAUAUUGUGCAUUUUCACUGAAUGGUUUGACAUAACCUAUAUGAUGUAUUUAUUAUUGAUAUAACCUUUCCCCAUGAUUGUAAUGAAAACCAUACCUGCAGCUUUUUCAUACAAUUGUGUUUUUAAUACAAAAAAGUUGUUUGAUUAAAUUAUCAAUUGAAAGCUUCAACUAAUUUUCACACAAAUACUUUUGCAUUUUACACAAAAUAUUGAUUAAUAAACAGCAUUGCCUUUUUGACACACUUCUGGUAAUUUGUUAGUGAACGGAUGUGAAGAGAGGCUGAUAAUUUUUUUUACUGUGGGUCUUAUUUCACGUAUACACAGAAGCUUUUUGUAUUGUUGGUACUCUGAGAACUUAAGCCCUAGAAUGAACAGAAAGCCAUUUGUAAGGCCAGUUUCUGUGUUGUUUCCAAACAAUGGCCCCGUUUCAUCAGAAUAACUGAACUGCUUUUCAGGUUUGUGGUUUGAGCGGCUGAAUCGGUAUGAGGCCAGGGACCGUCAUAUCUGGCCUCAGCCUUCAAUUGCAGCCCGCCAGAGGGCAUUGCCUAAGGCUGUGAGAAAAUAUGGGGUCACAUGAGGACAUUUGAAACUAGUAAUCACAUGUAAAAGCCCAACUUCUUUUGUUCUUGUCUCUUUGAGGUCAGCUAUUGGUCAGUGUCUAUAAGUGGAAUAUGAUUUCAAUACCAAAUGUGAUGAGUAAACCAUUACUACUGCCCUGCUCACUCUCCACGUCUGUGCGAUUCCUAUACGCACCAUCAGUGGGCACUGCUGGAGACCAGGUUUGUCUGGUGCGCUAGUCUGCCCCCACUGACUGCAGUUGGACUGAGCGGCGUGUGUGUGUGUCUGUGUGCAGGAUAAUCAUGCUGUUGGCUCAGAUAAACCGUGACUCACAGGGCAUGGCGGAGUUCCAGGGCGGCGGAGGGGAAGCCCAGCACGUCACCCUCUGUCUGGCAGAGGCUGUCGCUGUAGCAGACGGUGAUCAGGUAGACAGCAUGGACACUGUAAGUCUGCAGGCUGUGACUCUUGUAGAUGGGUCUACAGCAUAUAUACACAACCCCAAAGUUUCCAUUUCAGAUGGAAAGUUGAUGGACGGCCAGGUCAUCCAGCUGGAUGAUGGAUCUGCUGCUUACGUCCAGCACGUAUCGAUGCCAAAAUCGGGAGGGGACAGUCUCAGACUUGAAGAUGGUCAGGCUGUACAACUUGAAGAUGGAACGACCGCUUACAUUCAUCACACUUCUAAAGAGGCGUAUGAGCAGAGCGCCCUGCAGGCGGUGCAGCUGGAGGACGGAACCACGGCGUAUAUCCAGCACGCCGUGCAGAUGCCCCAGUCCAACACCAUCCUGGCCAUUCAGGCAGACGGCACCGUGUCUGACCUACACACAGACAGCGCCAUCGACCCCGAGACCAUCAGUGUGCUGGAGCAGUACACUGCCAAGGUGGAGAGCGCUGACUGUGUGACCAGCGCAGGGCUAGUUGGUGGGACGGAGACCGAUGGAAGCAUGCAGAUGCAGAUCGUCCUCCAGAGCCAGACCGGCAGCCGGAGUACAGCCAAAGCUCAGCAGGCCGGGGAGAAGUCCUUCCGAUGUGGUUAUGAUGGCUGCGGGAAGCUGUAUACCACAGCCCACCAUCUGAAGGUGCAUGAGAGAUCACACACAGGGGACCGACCUUAUAUGUGUGACCAUCUGGGCUGUGGAAAGAAGUUUGCCACAGGCUAUGGACUGAAGAGUCACAUUCGGACACACACUGGGGAGAAGCCGUACCGCUGUCAGGAGAUGAACUGCCAUAAGUCCUUCAAAACAUCAGGAGACUUGCAGAAGCACAUAAGAACGCACACAGGCGAAAGGCCCUUCAGGUGUCCGUUUGAGGGCUGCGGGCGCUCCUUCACUACUUCCAACAUCCGCAAGGUGCACAUCCGCACACAUACGGGGGAGCGGCCUUACUACUGCUCCGAGCCGGGCUGCGGACGGGCCUUUGCCAGCGCCACCAACUACAAGAACCACAUGAGGAUCCACACAGGAGAGAAGCCGUACGUAUGCACGGUGCCGGGCUGCGACAAGCGCUUCACCGAGUACUCCAGCCUCUACAAGCACCAUGUGGUGCACACGCCCUGCAAGCCCUACAACUGCAACCACUGCGGCAAGACCUACAAGCAGAUCUCCACGCUGGCCAUGCACAAGCGCACGGCUCACAACGACACGGAGCCCAUCGAGGAGGAGCAGGAGGCCUACUUCGAGCCCCCAGCAGAGGCCAUCGACGAUCCUGGAGUCACCUAUGUCCCAGAGGUGGAGGAGGAGGACUCGGGAUCUGAGCAAGUGUCUUCCGGUACCCCAGAGGUCAUAGGGCAACACCAAAUCUCUCUUAUCACGCAAGAUGGAACGCAGCAGGUCAGUAUCUCCCAAGCUGAUAUGCACGCAAUGGGAAACACGAUUACCAUGGUAACGCAGGAUGGUACCACCAUCACCGUCCCUGCCCAUGAGGCAAUACUAUCCUCGGGUGGAGAGCAUUCUGUCACCAUGGUGACAGCCGAUGGUACCGAAGGACAGGUUGCCAUCGUGACGCCGGAUCUGGCCACAUUCCAAACAACGCAAGCAGAACUAAAUCAGCAGCACCAGCACCAUCUGGUAACCGCCAGUCCUCACCCUGUGACCUUACUAGCCACUUCCAACGGCACGCAGAUUGCAGUACAGCUCAGCGAACAGCCAUCCUUGGAAGAAGCCAUCAGAAUCGCCUCAAGAAUACAGCAAGGAGAAACUCCUGGUCUGGAUGAUUAGCACCCAGCAGCGGAUGCAACAGCAGAGACUGUUCUGGUGGAAGGACUUUGGAACAAAGACCACACAGAGCGGAGAGGAAUCAUAAUACUUCUGAGAGAUUGCUUGCUCACAGGCUUCACUAUAAAGUCAAAACUGAAUGGAAAUGAUUUUUUCCUGGAUGUAUCUUGUAACUGCACAUCUUUAAUAUAUGUGUUCCGGGUAAACAUAUAGUUAAAAGCGAUGAAAUGUGAAAAUUCUGACGCAUUGAUGCUUGGACUGACAGAUCACUGCUUUCUCGGAAUUUGAUACAAUUUUUUUUCUUGAAUGACAACCAUGCUGGGUGUAUAUAUGAAUUUGAAGCUUCACAUCCUCGUUAUAUUUUACAUUUGCUAAUAUUCAAAUGAUGGAAAAAGGUUGGAUGUGUAAAAUUAAAGAACUGCAGUCUUAUUGA